AGAAGCCCUAGCCGCCUGCUCUGCUUUCCCUCUCAUUCUUCUCUUCCUCCUGUUGGCCGCCGCUUCCUCUCCCGCAGCGUAAAAUGGCACCAAAGAAGGCAGUUGGAAAAGCCUUGGCAGCAGCAAAGAAGAAGCCGGAGAAGGUGGUGAACCCACUAUUCGAGAAGCGUCCAAAGCAGUUUGGAAUUGGUGGGGCAUUGCCACCCAAGAGGGAUUUGACACGGUUUGUUAAAUGGCCGAAAGCUGUCCAAAUUCAGAGGAAGAAGAGGAUUCUCAAGCAGAGGUUGAAGGUUCCACCAGCUUUGAAUCAGUUCACAAAGACACUUGACAAAAAUCUUGCGACAAACCUGUUCAAGAUGCUUUUGAAGUAUAGGCCCGAGGACAAAGCCCAGAAAAGGGAGCGUCUUUUAAAGAGAGCUCAGGAAGAGGCUGAAGGAAAAUCACAUGAUGCUAAGAAGCCUAUUGUUGUUAAAUAUGGUCUCAACCAUGUUACCUACCUCAUUGAGCAGAACAAGGCUCAGUUGGUUGUCAUUGCUCAUGAUGUGGAUCCGAUCGAGUUGGUUGUUUGGCUACCAGCUCUUUGCAGGAAGAUGGAAAUUCCAUACUGCAUUGUGAAGGGCAAAGCACGAUUGGGAGCGAUUGUCCAUAAAAAGACUGCAUCGGUUUUGUGCCUGACAACUGUAAAGAAUGAAGAUAAGCUGGAGUUUAGCAGGAUCCUUGAAGCUAUCAAGGCUAAUUUCAACGACAAGUAUGACGAGUACAGGAAGAAAUGGGGUGGUGGAAUCAUGGGUUCCAAGUCCCAGGCUAAAACUAAAGCAAAGGAGAAGCUGCUUGCCAAAGAAGCUGCUCAAAGGAUGUCUUAGGAUCACAGAGUUGCCCUUCUAUUAUAACUUUCAGAGUUUUCAGUUCUGUUUAAUGAAAAACAAAGACUAUGGAGACUUGGCAAUUUUUUCUGGCUCUUUAGUUUAUUCAAAACAUCACAAGUUAGAAGUUUUGUUUACUURUGAUUUGCUUAUAUGCUUAUUUCAGAUGAAGUUUUGAUAUUGCA